GCCGCCGUCUGCCGGGCAGCUGCGCGCUGAACCGUCUGCAGUGAGAAGCCGGGUCUGGGGCGGACCCUCUGUGGGUCGGUGUGCUUGUUGGCGGCUGCGGGCUUUCUUUUCCAUGAAAGAGGUCUGUUGGAGUUCUUCACUGAUAACGUCUGCUCCAUUUCGCUGUAUGGAAAAUGGCAUCAAAUCUGAACCAGGAUGCUAAUGAAUUAUUAGAUUGCAAUAUGACUUCUGGCCAGGCCAAUCAAGAUUUUUUUUUGCCUACUUCAUCUGAUCAUGCAGAGUCGGUCAUUCCACUGGCAUCCCCUAUGUCGAUUGAAUUAUUAGACAUACUUAUGACAGGAAGUCAGCAAGAAGAAACAGAAUGGGAAAGCAUAAAUUCACUAUUAAUGAAGAAUGGCUUAAAACCAGUAUUUUUUGUCCAAAGAACAUAUGGAAAAAACCUAGGCGAUCUAAUCAUUUUUGACAAACAGUCAUCACAGAGCAUUAGACAGACUUUGAAAAGGUUGGUGGAUGACAGUGUAAGGAAUCAGAAUAUGAUCCAUCAGCUCAUUGAAGCAAAUCAACAGCUUAGAGAUGAACUGCAGCAAGAACAAAUCCGAACUUUGCAGGAACAAAAACGAGCUGAUGACUUGGAACAGAUCGUGGAUAGUGUGAAAUCCAAAAUCAUUGAACUUGAAGAAGAAUCUGUAGUUAUGGUUUCCCAGCAACAGAAUCAAGUGAAAGAAUUUCAAAAAGAUCAAAAAGCUGCACAGACAAAAUAUCAUCAGUGUGAACAAAAAUGGUUGGAGCAACAAAAGACUCUUUCUUGUUUGCAGAAAGAAAUUAAAAAAUUACGGAAAGAGGAAGAACUUCGUGUUGCCUCUCAGAAAAGAGUUUUUAACCGGCUUUGCAAACAAGCAACGCAGACUGUCGUGGAUAAACAGUUGCUUAUCCUGAUUGAUUAUUAUGAAUCCAAAAUUAGAAAAAUUCAAAAGGAGCUAAGGCACUAUAAAGAAGAUACAGAUUCUGAAGGAGGAGAAAAAGGGGACUUGGUAGAUCUGGAUGGCACACCAAAUUAUGAAAACCUUCUCAUGUCAUUCCAGAAUCAAAUUAGAGACAUUAAAGCCAAGAACGAUAAACUUUCAUGUGAAAAUCAGAAUCUCCGCAAAGAUUUAGAAAGCAGGCCCUCAUCGCAUGAUUUAAGGCUUUAUAAACAACAGGUGAAGAAACUGGAGAAAGCACUUAAGAAAAACAUAAAAUUACAGGAACUCAUCAGAGAAGACAAAUCUGAGAGCUCAGACAACAGAGAUUAUGAGAUCAGCAAAACAGAAAGGCAGCGCCAGGCCCUGUUUGACCAGAAGUACUUCAAGAUCUUAACCAGGAUUGACUCCAUUAUAAGUAAUCCAAGAGCUCCAAUAGUGAUAUACAAACAGAGCAAGGGGUCCUUCCAGAGUUAUAAUAAAGCUAACAGUAAAGAAUGUGGAUUUGAGCAUCUUACUCCCACAAUAGAAAUGUGGGCAGACCAGCUAACAUCUCUAAAGGACUUGUACAGAUCCCUGGAAAAACUGUCUGAGGAAUUGUUGCCUUGGCAUAAUAUGAAACGAUAUGAUAAGAGUGAAGGUGGCAUUAAAGUGGAAGAUCUUCUAUUUAUUGUGGAUAGCAUUUUGGAAGAAGUUGAACAUAAGAAAAAGGAUGAUAUGCCAUGCCCUGAAACUUUACAAGCGAUUGUUAAUCACUUCCAAAAGCUAUUUGAUGUGACAUCUAUGUCUGGAAUCUAUCCUCGAAUGAAUGAAGUUUACACCAGGCUUGGGGAGAUGAGUAAUGCUGUGAGAAAUAUCUAUGAGAUCCUAGAACUAGAUAAUUCAUCAUCACUAAGUGUCCUGGUAAAUACAAUUGGAAAAUUGUGUAAAAUAAUUAAUGAAGAUGUGGGUAAACAUGUUCAACAGGUGUUGGGGACCCAGGACAUCCAAAGCAUUAUCAAUAAAUUAGAAGACUAUGAUGAAUUUUUCCCAGCCUUUCAGACUUUUAUACAGGAUCUACUUCAGAUUUUAGAAGUCAACAACUUGGAUGCCAUUAUUCCUGAAGUAAAGAAAUUAAAGCUAACAACAAACUGAAGAAAAUGAAACCUUCCCUUUUACUAUGUACAUUUGUUUUCUUUAUGAUUGGAGUGACAAGGGCUAUAUUACCUUGCAUAAUUCACCUCUUUUUCCCAGCCUGAGUGAACACUGGUGGCAUGGUUAAUCUUUAUUCUUCACAAAGCUAGUCUUUGACAUUUUUAUCCCUAUUUAACACAUGAUCGUCACUCUCAGAAUUAUGCAGCAGCAUUUGGGGGAUUGAAUAAUUGGACUCCUGAGUUUUCUCAUUUUUCUUUAGGAGUUCUUGGCUGCAAGACUGAUUUAAGGAAAGCUGUUUAUGUUUUGGAAACAGAGGAUAAUGAUAUGUUAAAUGUUGACAUGGUGGUAUUUGCCUUUAAGAUUUGCUUUGAGAUUUGGGAUUUAGAACUCUAGCAUCUUUGGCCAAAGGGAAGUAGGAUUGGAUUUGCCGAUGACAUUAUUUCUCUAGUAAGUUUGGGGAGCUAACAGUUGGUUAUCCCCCCCCCCCAAACUCAGGGAAGGAAAGAAAAAAAGGAAGGGGUUUCAAAAAGAAGCUAGGAGAAGGUAGAGGUGUAAUGCUGCCUAAUUCUUUUUUUUCUUCUCUAACCCAGUCAGUGGCAAGCUGCUCUUUGAAUUUGAGCCUUUGUAUGCCAUGCCAAGGACAAAGCAUUCUGUCUAGACACUGCUAUUGGUGGCAGAAGCAGUUGCAGUUUUAAAUUGGAGGGUAAAGGUCAGGAAUCAUAGGUGAGAAGCAUUUUUAAAAUGUUCUUCUCAUGAUGGGAUAAAAGAGGUGAGUAAAUGGGAUGAUAAACUACCUCAAGAAAGGGUGUGUUUGAGAGCUUAAUUGUAAUAUAUACAUAUAUAUGCUUAUAUAGAUAUAUUUUUAGAACAUGACUGAAAUAAAUAUUUUAUAAAAGUAUGACAGACCAUUGUUAU